GAAUGGGAUAAGUGUCAGAUGAAUAUUCUUUUUUUUCUCGUUAGCACUCUUUUUGCGGCGUGCUUUUUUUCAUUGAAUGAAAUAUGGUUUGAGAGGAGACUGUGGCGCUUGGAUAAAGAAGUGGAAGGAAUAGGUGAGAGUCUGGGAGAGAGAUGGAGGAGUGUGUCUGCGAGAGAGGGUGGAGGAAAGGCGGGAGGGAGGGAGAGGCAGAGAGUUAGAGGAUAAAUGAGAGAGCAGCGCUGGCUCAGCCACAACGCCUCACUGCCAGACGAAGGAAGGAGUCCAGGAAACACACACAUACACACACGCACACACACAUACGCACACAGUUCAGACCAGCUGUUUCCAGGAGCACCUCCUGCAGCCUGAGCUGGAUGUUUGGACUUGAUGCGUCUUUGCAUGGAUGCAUCUGGAUUUAUCUACUAACCUGUGGCAGUGUCUUAGACUUCAGAGGGAACAUUUGUGGUUUUUUCUCUUCUUUUCUUUUUAAACAAACACUACAGAGCGACUGCACAACCUGUAACACCAUGCUGUGCAGCUGCUCUUGUUAGAAUGACUGCUGUGAACAGUUUGGACUGUGUGUGAGAGCCGGCCAGAGUUUCUGUUAGUGUGUGUGUGUGCGGUGUGUGAAUGUGUAUGCAUCAGGAUGAGUGUUCCCAUGUUGAAAAUUGGAGCGGUGCUCAGCACCAUGGCUAUGGUAACUAACUGGAUGUCCCAGACCUUACCGUCGCUGGUUGGACUCAAUGGAACCAUCAUCUCCUCAGAGGGCACGCAUGAACGGAUCGUCAGCGGGCUGUACCCGGGCUCAGAGGAAGGCUGGCAGGUUUACAGCACGGCCUCGGAUCCCGACGGCAGGUGCAUGUGCACGGUGGUCGCCCCGGCACGGAACCUCUGUAAACGAGACCCUCGGAGUCGACAGCUACGCUCGCUGACCGAGCAGGUCCAGAACGUGAGUCAGUCCAUGGAGGUGGUUGACCUGCGGACAUCCAGAGACCUGCAAUAUGUUCGAGACUCUGAGCCACUGCUGAGAGGAGUGGAUGGACGGUUACACACUUAUGUGGCCAGUCCCCGCAGUCUGACAGCUAGGAGCCUGCAGGAGUUAAAGGGUCAGAUGUCUCAGCUACGGCCCCUGUUGUCAGUGGUGGAGCAGUACAGACUGGAUCUACAGACGCUGGCCACCUUGCGGAUGGAGCUGCUUAACCUGUCGAUCGUCCUGACAGCCAUCCAGGAAGAGAUUGGAGCAUACGACUACGAGGAGCUUCAGCAGAGGGUCCUGUUGCUGGAGACCAGGCUGCACAGCUGCAUGAAUAAACUGGGAUGUGGUCGUCUGACUGCCGUUAGCAACCCCAUCACUGUGAGGGCCUCGGGAUCCCGCUUUGGCUCUUGGAUGACUGAUGCCAUGAUUCCCAGCUCUGACAGCAGGGUGUGGUCGAUGGAUGGCUACUAUAAGGGCAGGCGUGUGCUAGAGUACAGGACCAUGGGGGACUUCACAAAAGGCCAAAACUUCGUGCAGCAUCUGUUACCCCACCCCUGGGCGGGAACCGGCCACGUGGUCUACAACGGGUCUCUCUAUUACAACAAGCACCAGAGCAACAUCCUGGUUCAGUACCAUUUCCGCUCUCGCAGUGUGUUACUCCAGCGUAGCCUAAGCGGUGCAGGAUACAACAACACCUUCCCCUACAGCUGGGGAGGAUCCUCUGACAUCGACCUCAUGGCAGAUGAGACAGGACUCUGGGCUGUCUACACCUCCAUCCCAAACGCUGGAAACAUUAUGGUGAGUCGCCUCGACCCUCAUUCGCUUGAAGUCCUCCACAGCUGGGACACGGGGUUUCCUAAGCGGAGUGCUGGGGAGGCUUUCAUGAUUUGCGGCACCCUGUACGUCACCAACUCCCAUCUGGCCGGAGCAAAGGUCCACUUUGCCUACCACACCAACACCUCCACGUACGAAUACACCGACAUCCCCUUCCACAACCAGUACUCCCACAUCAGCAUGAUGGACUACAACCCCAGAGAGAGAGCACUGUACACCUGGAACAACGGUCACCAGGUCCUCUAUAAUGUCACACUGUUUCACGUUAUCAGGAGCGAUGGAUAGAUUUACACCUAAAAGAUAUAAAUAAAAAUGAAAAUGAAAAAAACAAAGUAGAGAUGAAGGAGAAAGGUUUUUAAAGGACACUUCAAAACUUGCAAAAAUACACACGCAUGCACACACACACGCACACAACAGCGACUCACAUCUCAACAAGGUAAUAAGUACUGUCUGUGUUUGAAUUUGAAUGACUUCUAGAUGAUGUGAGCUCGCUGAGCUAAUAACUAGACACAGUACAUGGUUGUCAAACACCAGUCUAAAGGUCACAGACAAGAGUGUUCAUCACCGCGACGAUGGACUUAACUGCCUCUGCAGCAGGGACGCUGAUAGAAAAGAAGGAAGUCAGACAUUUUGAGCUCAUCCAUAUUCUGUUACGUUUCAUUCCACUCGUAUAUCAAGAAGUGACUUUGGAAGUCGAGGUCGCAUUGUUGGAAAAAAAAUUAUAUAUAUAUACACACAGCUCAUGAACUGAAUUUCACCUCGCUUCAAACCUCGAGCUAUGACGACGGCCCUGACUGAGAUAUUCCGGGUUUGUGAUGUGAUCGUGGACGUGUUCAGUCAGCAUGGUUGUUCAUUCAAUAAAGUUUACUGUCAAACUUU